AUGACUCUCACCAAGCUCAACUUUAUCACUGGAAACAAAAACAAAUUGUCCGAAGUGCGGGCUAUCCUUGGUAAUGUUAUCGAGGUAGACAACCAGGAAGUUGAUGUCCCUGAGAUCCAGGGAACCAUUGAGGAAAUCGCCAAGGAAAAGGCCAAACGCGCCGCUGAGGCAAUCAAUGGACCUGCCUUGACCGAGGACACUGCUCUUGAGUUCCAUGCACUCAAGGGCCUCCCCGGGCCAUAUAUCAAAUCAUUCAUGGAGGCUUUGGGCCUCGAAGGCCUGAACAAGAUGCUUGACGGAUUUGAGGACAGAACAGCCGAAGCUGGUGCCAUUGUGCGGCCUAGAGGCCCAACCAAUUUUGGCUGGGAUCCUAUCUUCGAGUAUGAUGGAAAGACAUACGCCGAGAUGGAGAAGGAGGCCAAGAACAAGAUCUCCCACCGAUACAAGGCGCUAGUGAAGUUGCAGCAGUGGCUAGCUGAAGGUCAGCAGUAA